AGAGGCUGCUAAAACUUUCACUACUAGCAAAGUUGGACCAAAAAUAGGCAAAAGAAACCCGACCAAGCAACAUGAACAUGAACGACAGUCGACGCAACACCGCCACGGAAUUCAGCUAUAUCCUGCAGCGCCAGGGCAGCGAUGUGUCGGUUGCCGAGGCUUAUGCAUUCGAUGACUUCAACAAUAUAAUGAAGAACAACCAUCAGACACAUCAGCAACAGGGCCAGCCGCAACAGCCACAUCAGCAGCAGCCUUCGCAGCAGCAGCAGCAACGCCAGCCUUCGCAGCAGCAGCAGCAGCAGCAGCAAGCACAGCAGGAUGCCGGACUGGGGGACACGCUGUCCUCGCUGCCACAGGCCUCGUUCAACUACAUCAACUCCAUCGUGGGCAGCGGCGUCAUCGGCAUACCCUACGCCCUCCACAGGGCCGGAUUCGGACUGGGUCUGGCCCUGCUCAUCCUGGUGGCCUACAUCACCGACUACUCACUCAUCCUGAUGGUCAGAUGCGGCCACAUCUGCGGCCGGUUCAGCUAUCCGGGCAUCAUGGAGGCGGCCUACGGCAAGUACGGAUACUACCUGCUCUCCCUCCUGCAGUUCAUGUAUCCCUUCCUGGCCAUGAUUUCCUACAACGUGGUGGUGGGCGAUACGCUGUCGAAGGUUCUGGUUCGCUUCUUCCCCUCCUGGGGCGGAUCCAUGGGCGCCGUCCGACUGGGCGUGGUCUUCUUCGUCAACGUGGGCGUGGUGAUGCCCCUCUGCCUCUACAAGAACGUCUCCAGACUGGCCAGAGCCAGCUUCAUUAGCCUGGCGUGCGUGGUCUUCAUCCUGUUUGCCGUAAUCAUCAAGCUCAUGUCGGGCGAUUACAAAGUGACGGACACGGCGGAGUCCUGGCGGUUUGCCAACUCGGAUCUAAUCCCGGCCACGGGCAUCAUGGUCUUCGCUUUCAUGUGUCAUCACAACACCUUCCUCGUUUAUCAAUCGAUGCGCGACGCGACCAUGGAGCGCUGGGAGAAGGUCACCCACAUUUCGAUUGGAUUUGCCUGGACGGUGGCGGCCCUGUUCGGCAUCGCCGGCUACUCCACCUUCCGCGCCCUUUCCCAAGGCGACCUGCUGGAGAACUACUGCUGGGAUGACGACCUGAUGAACUUCUCGCGUGUGCUCUUCUCCAUAUCGAUACUCCUGACCUUCCCCAUCGAGUGCUUCGUGUCCCGCGAGAUCGUGCGCGCCCUCGUCCAUCGGUUCGUGCUGAAGGAGCCCAUCAGCGAGUUCACCCAGGACAAGGACCCCAGCCUGGAGAAGGGGGCCAUCAUCGAUGAGUACUCGAAAGCCAUUACCAUGGCCAUCGUGUUCAGCGCCUUCGUUAUCUCGCCCAUGACCGACUGCCUGGGUUCGGUGCUGGAGCUGAAUGGUCUCCUGGCGGCCAUACCCCUGGCCUACAUCCUGCCCGGCCUGGCCUACAUCCAGAUGGAGCCGCACGCCCUGCUCAGCCGGGAGAAGCUGCCCGCUCUGGGCCUGGUGGUCUUCGGAGCCCUGGUGACCAUCCUGGGGGCGGCGGUGCUCCUGCCGGGACUAAUGGGCGGCGACUGUCGAUCGGACAUUGUGAUGGGCUACUGCCGGCAGGAGUUCCAGAACACCACCUCCACGAACUAAGUUAAGGGAGCGAA